CAACAAUCACCACCUGAGGCAUAGGUAUAUAUAAAUAUUGAUAUGAAACAGUUAUCUAACCACUUCAGACUCAACAGCCUCGAUUAAAACACACCAGCAAAGGGAAAACUGAAAACCAUGAAGGUUUUUCUAAUCCUUGCAUUGGUUGUAUUCACAGGCUGCCAAGCCAGCCUGUUCAGUUCCGAUGAGCCCAAGCCACAACUGGAGAGGCUGACAGACCGUAUAAAGGAGGAAUUGAAUAAUGUGAAGUGUGCCCUAAAGCCCUACUUUGAAUAUGUGAUUACCGAUCCCAUUAAGAAGGGAGUAGACUACAUAAGAUCGUCUGUGGCUCCGCAUGCAGAGAGUUUGGAUUCUGAGACACUGAAGGACGCUCUGCUCGAGAAAAGUGAGGAGCUGAGAGAAGCCAUGGAGCAGCGCUUAAAGGAGAUUCAAGCUCAGCUGGAACCUUUAUCAGAAGAGUUUAAGGAAAAAAUGAAUCUCUACACCCGAGAGCUAAAGGCACAGCUCACCUCCUUUUAUGAUUUCUAUAUUAAGAGCAGCUAAAUAUGUGCUCCUGUCUUGUCUCUGAAAUCCAGACUAAAGUCUCAUAAUCGAUUUAUGAGCAUCAAAGUGUGAUUUCACUCAUUGAUUUUUUAUUUUAAUCUUACUCAGUCUAUAUAUUUUUACAGAAUGUUCUUUACAUGAUGUAGAAUGAUUUUAUAUUUUGUAUAUCAUGAUUUUAUAUAGAAUGUAUUAUUAUUUUGAUUUUGAAAUCUAAGAUGUAUGCUGUUAACACCAUACGCAAGCUGGUCUAAAUUUAAAGUUUUCCUCUAAUAAUGUAUUGAUGGCCUAUCACACAAACCUUUAAAUGCAUAACUGAAUAUUUUAUUAGACCAUGUCUGUUUAAUUUUUCAUACAUUCUCCUUAGCCAUAAAACUGUUUUAUUUAAAUAUUAAAAAAACGUUGCAUUUAUUCCUGAAAAAAAGACUAAUGUUUCUUGAAAGUUUUUCAUGUUUUUUUCCAUUUGCAACUACGAGACACUUCAUUUAUCAUUUGUUAACGCAAAGUUUUUUGUUAAAUAAUAGAAAAAUGUGCAUAUAGAUAAUUGAAUAAAUUCAAUAAAUGCAGAAGAAUACACGUCUUCGUACCAUACUCAACAAAAAAAGUAAACCGUACUAAACACUGUAAAGGCCAUGUCCUUAAGAGUUUUAUGAAUACAUUAUACAUGUAUAAUUAAAGUAGUACAACAUGCUGCCCUCAUCCAUAAGUAUUUUUUCUGGGUUUACAUGUAAACACUGUCAAAAGAAAAGGUACAAACUGUACAUUUUCUGUAACUGGGGUGGUACUCUCAAAUGUUAAUUUUUGUACCUUUAAGGAUAAACAACACAUUGAAAUGUUGUACUUUUUGGGGUACAAUAUUAUACCCUAAAAACCUAUUGUGUACCUUUAAGGAUCAAUUCUUUAUUAGGUAAAUACAGUACAUUUACUAUGUCCCCAAAUUUACCCAAAAAGGAACAAAAUUGUAUUAUGUUUCAUAUACAUGUAGAGGUACAAAACGGAACCUUAUGGGUACCACCCCAGUGACAGAAAAAUUUACGUUUUCCCCUUUUGUUCUGACAGUGUAGGCAUAAAUUAUUAGACCAGUAAUGACAGUGUUAAAACCCAUGCAUAUUUGCUGAAAUAAGCUUAUUGUUUUGUUAAAGCUAACCCCCAGCAUGUGACCUGUUUUCCCUUUGAAGAAUACUCCCUUUUU